AGGAUCCUUCUUAUUACAAAACCCUAGAGUUAAUGCUUCUCCCUCUUAGAAAGCUGAGACGCCCUCGACCAGCAGGACUCCACUAAGCUCCGGAAUAGCAGCGGCACUAGGCGACGACGCACGGCCUGAAUCUGCUUAAACGACAGCAAUAUGGCGGACAAGGCAGUAACUAUCAGAACUAGGAAGUUCAUGACGAAUCGUCUGCUCUCCAGGAAGCAAUUUGUUAUUGAUGUGUUGCAUCCAGGAAGGCCUAAUGUUUCCAAGGCUGAGCUGAAGGAGAAAUUGGCUCGGAUGUAUGAGGUUAAAGAUCCAAAUGCCAUCUUUGUGUUCAAGUUCAGGACCCACUUUGGUGGAGGCAAAUCUACCGGGUUUGGAUUGAUUUAUGACUCCGUUGAGAAUGCGAAGAAAUAUGAACCAAAAUACAGGCUGAUCAGGAAUGGUCUUGAUACCAAGGUUGAGAAGUCUAGAAAGCAGAUGAAGGAAAGGAAGAACAGAGCAAAGAAGAUCCGUGGUGUUAAGAAGACAAAGGCUGGAGAUGCUGCCAAGGGUGGAAAGAAGAAAUAAGUUUCUACGGAUUUUGUGUUUCUGGCUCCGCAAUCUAUUGGAGAUUAUCAUAUGACACCAAUAUUUUUGCUUUACCUUAGGCUAGUUAAGCACUGUUCUUAAUGUUAAAGUGGCACCACGAUUUGUUGGACGUUACGACCUGAGUUUUGAAUUGUUGUGUUAUCACAUUUAUCAUCCGGGAGAGUCGUCUUCUUUUCAAUCUUCUGA